GGAGAGCCCUUGCUUCACCAGACACAUCAAGGCUACUCCAGAGAGGCCUGCAUCAGACACCUAGGAUGAAGCUCACUACUAUGGCCCUGACAUGUCUGCUGCUGGCUGCAGUGUGGCCACAAGAUGUGAACAGCAUGAGCUUGCACGUGGCCUCCUCCCACUGCUGCUACUCAUUUGUGCAGAAGAUCUCCCUGCAGAGAAUCCAGUGUUACAAAGACACCAGUGUCACCUGCCCUUACAAAGCUGUGAUAUUCAAGCUUAUGAGAGGCAGAGAAGUCUGUGCCUUGCAGACACUUGGGUGGGUUCAAGGUUACUUGAAAAAGAUGAAGCCCUGCUGACGGAAGGGAAAAUGAGGAAUUCCUUCCUAUCCUGGCCACUGGAGAUCGCACAGCUCCACUUGUCCCCCAACUUCCAGCCCCAUACCUGACCACCUUCCUGGGGUCUCAGAGAAUCUGCAUAAUCCUGAUAAGCUAUGUUGCUGCACUUUAUACAAAAACACUCACUUGUGUUUCCUGGAUUUUGCAAGGAUUUCAGGGCAUGGACUUGACUGGCACUGGGGCUGAGGAUUGGGGCUAGUGGGCUGGAGGGUGAGGGUGACACGUUGACCUGGUACCAGGGAAAUGGAUUGCUGUCUUCAAAGCCAGUGCGUGCUCUCUCUGCCUCCCACCUCUGCCUGGCCCUGGGGCACGCUUUGACUUAGAGGCCAUGGCUGGCUUCUCUGCCUCCAGGCUUGGCAGCUGAAGGAGACACAGUGGAGCAGCAAGCUGGCAGCAGAGCUGGGUUUAAGCUGGAGAGCUGGGCCUUCUCCCUCCCUGCCUUCCCUGGAGCACUCAGGGAGUGAUGUUACCCAAUGUCCUAGCUGGAGGGGAUCUUGUCAGGUCACUUGCUUAUAAGAUGUUGCCAACCUUGUUUUAUAGAUGAGAUGACUGAGGCCUAGAAAGGAACACAUAGAGCCCAGGACUCCAGCCUCCCAGGCCUGAACUGUAUCUGGUGUCCCAAGUUGCCAACUGUGCUGCCUGACAUAGCAUGGCAUAGGCAUAGCAGCUUCUGUCCUUGAGAUCCCAAGCACAGGUCCUGCAGGGCUGUUCUCGGAGCCCUUCUCCCCUGGGGGCCCAUCCAGGUGGAUGUCCACGCAGGGGCACCCUAUAUUGCACAGAGAUACCAACCUGGCUUGCCUGGAGGGGUGAGGCAGUCUCUAGAAGACCAGAGGAGCCUGGGUGGACAUGCAGGAAGAGGAGACCCUGUCCCUUUUAAAAGGAUAGUCACAAACUCCCAUUUGUGUGCAAGGUGUGAUUUGGGAUAAGUGAGGAAGGGAGUGAAUUCUGGGUCUCAAAAUUGGCACCCCUUCACAGGCCAGCGUGGUGGCUUUAGGGAGAUCUUUUGUCUCGUGUUUCUUUUUCCCUAGUGUGUCACAUAUCUGGCUCAGUUUUCUUAACGUCCCUCUUCCCCUCCACCUCCACAAUUACCCUCCUUUGUCCCCUUUUUUCCUCUUGCCUGGCCUAUUGCAGUAGGCUGUCUUCCAUCACCCUCUUAACUCCAUCUUACCCACAGUCAUGGGCUACUCUUCCUGGCAUCUACCCACCCCUGGUCCUUCUUGGUGCUCCCAAAGCAUUCCUUCCUCCUGCCUUCAGAACCGAGUCUAACUCCCUAACCUUCCUUUCUAACAGUCUCCAACUCUUACAUUUUGGAGCUCCAACUCUGACCUUAUGGAGAUAGACCCUCCAGGCUCUCUUUUUGUCUUUUCCAUCUUCCACCACCUGUAGAAGACUCUUUGCUAUGACCAUAAUACCCCAUCCUCCCAACCAUUCUGCUCCAGUCCUAUCUCCCUGUCAAGCCUGAUGCUAUCUAGGACAUGGCUGUGUGGUCUCCAGAUAUACAGGCAGGCGGUGUUACUCGCCCCAGGAUAGAGGAGGACUUGGAGAAGCAGGGACAGGGACAGGGAAACAAGUUAAAAGAGAUUUUGCAAUAUAGCCUUUGGGUCGCAAUGGGAAAGGAACAAUAGUGGGGCAUGAACCAAAUAUGAGGUUGAUGGAAGGCAAGCCACAGAAACACGCUGGAGACCAGAGCCAUUAUUCUGGAAUAGCCUUUACUGGCAAGGAUCAGAGGAGCCCAGGUUGGCCACAUAGCCAGGGCCUUGUACACUGCAUUCUCCUAGCAUGCUCUGCCAGGGCGUUCAGAGCACCCUCUACUGCAUGGGAGUUUCCCUGAAGAAAAGAUCAUUGUUACAGUUUCUAAAUAAAAUGAAUUUCCUGCAAACAUUCAGAGGUCCUCCUAUUGCAUUCACUUUUCUGUACAACAUACUUAACAAAUGUCACAUUCACAAGGCAAAUUUGCUCCCUAAAGUAGUGUCCUUUCACACAGUUCCUACAGGCA